GAUAUGUCAAAAUAUAACCUAACCCUAUUUGUUUGAUUUGAUUUGUUCCUCAUACCACCAACAAAAUCACGUUUUUUCUUUGAUUAUUUUUAGAUAACACCUUUGUUACAUAGAAAAAAAAAACAAAGAAAAAUAUAAAAUGACCACAGAAACCUUACCUGACGAAAUACUAUACGCUGACGUCGAAGACGAAGAUGAACAACUCGAAAAUAGAGUAAAAAAUCUAAAAAUUCAGGACCCCCAGCUCGAAGAACACUACAGUUCGUACUCGGAAGAAGAUUAUUAUGAUGACGAUGAAGAAUAUUAUCAAAAUACAUUAAACAAAGACCACGGUGGCUCAACCCUGCACAGCAAUCAGCAACAACAAUCUAAAAAAAUCGCCAAUUACCAACCAUCUGAAAAUUUAUUUAAAAAAUACUCCAACCACAUAAAUGUAGAAAAAUAUGAAGUUUCUUCACUUCCAUAUCAUGCAGUAAGUCUUUUAGCCAAUAAUGAGAAGAAACUUGAAAACGAACGCAGAAGAACUAAAGACAAACAUGACAGGGCUACAGCGGAGCAAGUCAUGGACCCGCGCACAAGAAUGAUUUUAUUUAAACUGUUAAACAGAAACUUUAUAUCGGAAGUUAACGGUUGUAUUUCUACAGGCAAAGAAGCCAACGUUUACCAUGCCUCCUCUAAGACAGGUCAAGAUUUUGCCAUAAAAAUCUACAAAACCUCAAUAUUAGUUUUUAAAGACAGAGACAAAUAUGUUACUGGUGAAUUUCGAUUCAGGCAUGGCUAUUCCAAACAUAAUCCUAGAAAAAUGGUUCGAACCUGGGCUGAAAAAGAAAUGCGUAAUUUAGUAAGAAUGCAUUCAAAUGGAUUAAAUGUGCCAGAACCAAUAUUAUUAAGGUCCCAUGUGUUACUGAUGACAUUUAUUGGUAAAGAUGGUUGGCCAGCACCCAAAUUAAAAGAUGUGGAACUAUCACCAUCAAAAACAAGAGAAAUUUAUAGAGAUAUCGUUAUAAUUAUGUGGAAAAUGUACAAUAAAUGUAAACUGGUUCAUGCAGAUUUGUCUGAAUUUAAUAUGCUUUAUCAAAAUGGGGAAAUAUACAUUAUAGAUGUAUCACAAAGUGUGGAACAUGAUCAUCCACAUGCAUUAGAGUUUCUGAGAAAGGAUUGUACAAAUAUUACAGAUUAUUUCAAAAAGAGAGAUGUUGCCACAAUGAGUAUAAAGGACCUGUUUGAUUUUAUUACAGAUCCUGCAAUUACUGGUGAUAACAUGGAAGAUUGUUUGAGUAAAUUAUCUGAAAAAGCUGGUGAGAGAACAGAAGUCACUUCUACAGAUCAGGUCGACGAAGAAGUAUUCAAACAAGCAUACAUCCCUAAACGCCUUACAGAAGUUAUUGAUUUUGAACGAGACAUAAAACAAGCUAAAUCAGGUCUAGCAAAUGACCUAGUGUAUAAAACGAUAGUUGGUCUAAAAUCUGAUUUAAGUGGCACCGUUCAGCAGCCAGAGUUGCUAGAAAAUGAACAGGAAAAUUCUGAUGCCUCAGAAUCCGGGGAUUCUGAUGAUAGUUCUGAUGAAGACAGCAGCAAAUUUGUGGACGCUUCAAGACCCAAACAUGAGACACUCGAGGAAAAAAAAGCGAGGAAAAAAGCUGUAAAAGAUGCUCAAGCUGAAAAGAGGAAAAUCAAAAUGAAAAAACAUGUUAAGAAGCAAAAAGAAAGGAAAAAUAAAAAAUAAACUUUGUAGUUUAAGUAUAAAAUUAAUAUACAUCAUAAACCUCAAUCGUGUAGUUGUGUUUUUUUAUUGCCUUUAGAGAAAAUGUCUUGAUGAGCUGGAUUAUUUUGCAUCUUUUAAAAAGUUUUUGUGUAUAUUCAUAUUUUAAUUUAAAUCUUAGUUUGAAUCAGCCUACAAACCAAAAGUUUUACGAAACUGGGAGGUUCCCAAAUUAUAUCCGUCUACGCCAAGACAACGAAUUGGUAAAACAAAAAUAAUAUCCAAUGAACGGGGGCAUAUUUUGCCUGAAAUCAAAAAGUCGGACAAAAGUGCUUGGGGAGAAUUUACUAGCACUUGGAAGCUACCCAAGAAAAUUGAUAGGAAAACAGCUCAAAUAUUAAAUAAAACUGCUAAGAAUAAACGUUUCAAGAACUUAGGCGAUAUUAAAGAUAAUGAUGGAGACUUGUCCAAAGAUGAAGAUGUCAAAGCUAUUCCCUACGUUCCAGGAGAUUUAACUGAAGAUAAAAACAGACCAGACAAUUACAACCAAUUAACACAAAACAGAUUUAAUGACAAGGAACCUGAACCGCGCGAAAACUAUCCAAAAUACAGGGACGAUUUUUCUAGAAUUUCUCCUGAACCUGAAAAAUCUUUAUCAGAUCAAGUAAAUGAAGUUCUCAAAAAUUCGGGUAAAGCGAUGGUUAGUGCCGAAAGUGACAAUAAAAGAAGUUCAAAAAAGAACAAGAUAUUGUCGCCCAUUUUAAGUGCUAUUUCUAAUUUUAAUUUAGCCAAAAAAUUACAUAAGGAAAACUUGGAACACAAUCCUCUGCCUGAUACCAUAACCGAUUCGAUUUAUCGCAAAUUACAGAUGCAACGGCAUCUGGAUCAGGAUCCAGGUUUGACUCUUGAAGAUCAAAAUUUUGCAUGCGGAGUGGGCUGGAAAGGCUAUCCAGGAUAUGGUCCUACUAAAUGCACAAAAUUGAAAAUUUAUAGGCCAAAAACAUGUGCACAGCAUCCGAAAAAGAAUCUGGAUGAUGAUGAUAGGCCCAGUAGUGGGGGUAGUUUUGACAGAAAAUGGAGAUUUAUUCGGCAAAAUAAAGUAAAUCCUAUAGAUUUGGCUAUUUGUUGGGAUUUGGCGCCAGUAGAUCCUGACGAUGAACCUAAACCGCCUACUCAUAUAGAUGGUUCAAAUGGUUCACAAGCUCCUGCAGUUUUUUCUCUGGUACAUACUCCCAAAGAUGAGAAUGAAAAUGUACCAAAAUGUGAUGGGAUUCACAGAUGUGGUCCAAUUUUUGAUCAUGGAGCGAGAGCCAAUCAAGAAAAGGAUUUUGUAUUUGACCGACCAAGAACUUCUAUAACAUCAAAGAGCAAUGAAAGUUCUAGUGAAAGUAAGAAAAAGAGAGCAAAGAGUGCUUACGAUUUACAUGAUCGAAAAGAUAAAGAUAGUAGUAAAAGUAGUAGUGCUUCUACGAAAAGCAAAAGACAUAUAAGCCACCAUCAGAGCACUCCAAAUUUGAGCGAAAACAAUUUCGAGAAACCCCAUACCGUGCCACUACCACCAUGUAAUCAGCACUCGUGCAAGAAAUUGGGCAGACGCUUAUGCGUCGCUUGUGAACUAAAAAAUGUACCUGGGGAACUAAAACCCAAACCCGAAUACAAAAUGGCAUUCAAAGCGGGUGUACCCCAUAAAUAU